UCUGAACUCUGUCCUGAGACCAGUUCAGGCAAGAAAACUGCUGGCUGCUUGGAAACAAACCACACCAAAUAUGGAAAUUUCAAGCCAGGCCAGCAUAUCGUCUCCAUCUUCUUGCUCCUCAUUUUCUGCCUCACCCAGUCCAAUAUAUUCUCUAGACUGGGUAGAUAACUUUAGAACUCCAAGUGAAGAUUUUCCAGAAGACUUGAUCCAGUGUCUUCAGAGAGAGAAAAGACCAAAGCCUCGAUUGCGGAGGGAGAUGAUCCGCAUCAUUGUGAAGGAGAUGAUGAAAGCCUGUGCCUCUCCAAGUAGAAGAGCCUCGACUGAAAUUGCAAAAAACCUGGUUGCGAUGUAUCCCAAGUCACUGCAGGAUGUCAUAGAGGGGGAUGUGGAAGGACAGGGGUACCACUCUUUGGUAAAACAGAUUCAGGCACGAAUUGAAAAUGUGAAGAGGUCUACUUCACCAGUGUUACAGAAGCGCAAACAGGGAGGAUCAGAUGACACCGAUGAAGUCACACCUGAAAAGCGAGCAUCUGUUCAAGACACAUAUGGCUGCAUAAAGUGGGACAUGAAGUUUUUGCCAGUCAGUGAGACACUGGAAACCCAGCAGGAGAAGAAGGAACGUAUGAAGAUUCUCAGUGAACAGACAAGCUUCAGUCAUGAAGAAGUAAAAACUCUAAUGAAAUGCACCUACUACUCUCAGCGCAAAGCAAUAAACAGCGGAGCAGACAUGCAAACCCUCAAAGAAGAGUGGCCUUAUUUGUUUCAGGCGAUUGGAAUGACAGUCCGUUUUGAAGAACUUACUGGGGUACCGCUGAAAGAGACUUUCCUCACCAGUCUGGGAAAGAAGGGAAAACGGCUUCUGGACUUUCUGAAAACCACUUGUGCAGACAAGAGCAAGCGUGUCUUGGAGGCUGUCAUAGAACUGCAGAGGGGACAGCUGAAGGGCUGCUCAGAAGACCUGAAAGAUAUGAUGCUCCUCCUCCUCUCCUAUUUCGAUGAAAAAGAGGAGACCCUCUUCCACUAUGCUGAUGAAAUAUGUCUGGCAAGAGAAGUCCAAGUGGAAAGCCUGCCUGUGACACCAUGUAUCAUUGGUUGUGGAUCCUCCUGCUUUGCAUCGAGACUGUUCAUGCUCAGCAUUGACCACAAAGUUGUAAAUGACCAAAUGACUGACUUCAUCUCUGCAAUCUGUCUGAUGCUUGGUAGCUACUACUGCCUCAACAUCCACUGUCCCCUGGAACUCGGCUCCACACUUGAAUUCCUUCAGAGCCCUAAGCUGCCCACAGAGGUCGAGGAGGAGGAGCUCGUCUUCUGCUCAGACCUAGGACCGCUUAGUCUUGGAGCCGACUCCCUGGCCAGGAUCUGGGCUCCGAGUGUGGACGAAGGAGAGGAGCCCGUUUUGAUCCAGGAUCCAGAGCCGAGUCCCCCUAACCGGCUGCCGCCCCGCGAGCGGUAUGUUUUCCGCCCGGAGCGACUGGACAACUGGGGAGGGCUGUGCGCGUUGAGAGACGCAAUCCCGCGAGUGCCCCGCAUCCCUACGAGGUCUACGCCCAUCUCCUCCUCACGGGACGAACCCGUCCCUCCUCGCGCGGUGGCCCUUCCUGAAGCGUAUCCCUCGCCACUGCUACAGGAGAGGGCUCGCCUGGCCGAUCAAUUCAUCACCCUCCAAAGACUCUAUUGGAGGGUGAUAGGAGACCCGGCCGUUUCCGAGGGUCCCGAAGCAGCACUACUUGCUGCAAGGCUCCAGAGGGGUUUCGAGGUGUUCACUCCCGCGUCGGGAGGAGCCGACCUCGAGCGCCUCGCAGAGGACCUGCAGGAGCUACUCCUGCUCAGGAGAGCUCCAGACCCCUCGUCGACGCAGCCGCUUCCGCCGCCUGCAUGA